UAUGAAAACGACAAAGAAGAUUGAGGAAUGAAGAGAAAGGUGUCCUGUCCUGUCCCCUACAGCAUCGGCGUUGCAAGAGAUCCCAUUCCUAAUACCAAUUCCAAUUCCAAUCUCAAUUCUAAAACUCUGAUUUUCAAAACUCGAAUCAAAACACAAAACACAGUGAUUCAAGUUGCUUAUCUUCCUCUUCUUCAUGUUCAUUGAUUGGAUCCCAUCCCUUCCCAAUUUUCUAAUGCUUUCUCUCUCACUCACCCACGUGCUCUUUCCUCUUCCCCGCUCUAAAUAAUUCUUCAUCUCUCUCUCAAUUCAUUAUUAUAUGCCUGUGUGUGGAAAAAAGAACCGUUUUUUAAGUGAAAGCGACCACCUUUAUAUUGCCCCUUUGAUCAUAGUGUAAAAUGGUGUUGUGAUUCUACAAGGGUCUUGCAUGCCCCUUUGAGUUUUAAGUUUAAGCCCUUUCUUCCAUCCGUAACCGUAACUGGUGGCAUCGUUGAGGAUUUGAUUAUGGAAAAGUACGAGGCUGUUAAGGAUUUGGGGGCUGGGAAUUUUGGGGUGGCUAGGCUCAUGAGGAACAAGGAGACCAAGGAGCUUGUUGCCAUGAAAUACAUCGAGCGUGGCCACAAGAUUGAUGAGAAUGUGGCAAGAGAGAUUAUCAACCACAGAUCCCUUCGGCACCCCAAUAUAAUUCGCUUUAAGGAGGUGGUUUUGACCCCCACUCAUUUAGCCAUAGUGAUGGAGUAUGCAGCUGGAGGAGAACUCUUUGAGAGAAUAUGCAAUGCUGGCAGGUUCAGUGAAGAUGAGGCUAGAUAUUUCUUUCAGCAGCUGAUUUCUGGUGUCCACUACUGUCACGCUAUGCAAAUAUGCCACAGAGAUUUGAAGCUAGAAAAUACUCUUUUAGAUGGAAGCCCUGCACCCCGCUUGAAAAUUUGUGACUUUGGUUAUUCCAAGUCAUCUUUGCUUCAUUCUCGACCCAAAUCAACUGUUGGAACUCCAGCUUAUAUAGCACCAGAGGUUCUUUCCAGGAGGGAGUAUGAUGGCAAGUUGGCUGAUGUAUGGUCAUGUGGAGUGACUCUUUAUGUCAUGCUGGUUGGAGCAUAUCCCUUUGAGGAUCAGGAUGACCCUAGGAAUUUUAGGAAAACAAUUCAGCGUAUAAUGGCUGUUCAAUACAAGAUCCCUGAUUAUGUUCAUAUAUCUCAAGAUUGCAAACACCUCCUUUCUCGUAUAUUUGUAGCAAAUCCAUUAAGGAGAAUCAGUCUUAAGGAAAUUAAGAACCAUCCAUGGUUUUUAAAGAAUCUCCCAAGAGAGCUAACUGAAUCAGCUCAAGCUGCCUAUUACCAAAGAGGCAAUCCAAGCUUCUCUAUUCAAAGUGUGGAGGAGAUAAUGAAAAUUGUGGGCGAGGCAAGGGACCCUCCUCCAGUAUCUCGGCCUGUCAAAGGUUUCGGCUGGGAAGGUGAAGAAGAUGAAGGGGAAGAGGAGGUGGAGGAAGAGGAGGACGAAGAAGACGAGUAUGACAAGAGGGUCAAAGAGGUUCAUGCAAGUGGAGAGUUUCAAAUAAAUUAAGCAAUAUAAUUCUUGUGUACUUGGUUAAAGUAUUAUUUUUUUAAUGCUAGGAGUCACCUAUUUAUGUGUACUAUAAUUUAUAUUAACUACUAUUAUAAACCAUUGAGGCAGUCUAACUUAUGGCACUGUCUAUGUAAUGUAUUAGUAGUACCUGUAUCACCAUGGAGGCCGUGUAUGAGAACAGUAGUGUUGUGAUAACUUUUAAAUUAUCCAUGCAUGUUAUAUAAUCAGUUUAGUUAAGCUUAAAA